AUGAGCAGAGUGAAAGACAGACUUUUUGAAAGUGGGUGGGACAGGGUAUGGAACGUUGUGCGCGAAAAAGUAGGACUAGCCGUUUGUCCAAAACAAUUCAAACACAAGUAUUCAAAACCAUACUCUCCCGGUUACGUCAACCCUCUAAACUCACUUCGUGUUCCACACACAA